AUGCCCAUAGGGAAAUACUACUGUGACUAUUGUGACAAGCAAUUCCAAGAUACCCCACAUGCUCGAAAACGCCAUCUUCAAAGCUCUUCUCAUUUACGCGCCAAAUCUCUCUGGUUCAGGAAUAACACCAUCCCCAAUUCCAAUAAUAAUGAUGUUGGUGGCUUUGUCAAGGGGCUCUGCAAUCGCUUUGUCAAAACGGGUUUUUGUCCUUAUGGAGAUUCUUGCAAGUAUUUGCAUCCUAAUGUUGCUACCAGCCAAGGAACAGCUUUUAAGGAUAAUGUUCAAUCACCAACUAUGCCUGGAGAUCAAUCAGUCGGGGCCAGUUCUUUUCCAGGUGUUGCGGUGAGAGAGAGCAUGGGAAUGUCUUGGGGUAAUCUGCCUGCAUCACUACAGCCUCCUCCAGAGGGUGGUUACCCGCCUCUUCCGUUUGUGGAUUGGGGAUAG